UGGUGGUGUUGUCAUGGCAGCGGUUCCGUGUUCACACGCGCCUAAAGUUAUUGGCUGGACGCUACACUUUCUGUGUCCUUGCCGACGUUCUGAGAGCUUGUCUGGCAUUUGACGAUGCCGCCUAAAAGUCAAAGUGUGUCAAGGAGCAAGAAGGUGAGGAAGGAGAAGACUUCUGCCGUCGUGGACGUGCUUUCGACGGAAGAGAUGUCCAAGGAGCAGCUGGAGGAUCACGUGCUCAGGCUGAGGGAGGAGCUGGACAGGGAGAGGGAGGAGAGGAGCUUCUUCCAGCUGGAGAGAGACAAGAUCCAGAGUUUCUGGGAGGUGUGCAAGCGGAACCUGGAGGAGACCAAGGCCGAGCUGAGGAACCGAAGCAGGGAGCAGGAAGAGGCCGAGGAGCGACACCGCGUGGAGAUCACAGUGUACAAACAGAAGCUGAAGCACGUCCUGUCGGAGCAGCACGGCGCGGCGGUGGAGACGGAGAUGGACGGCGGCGUGGCGGCGUGGCUCACACGCAAAGGUCACACGGAGGGCGAGCUGCGUCUGCGUGGUCAAAGGCAGAAGUUGCAGGCGGACGCUCGGGAGAAGCAGCUGAACACCAGCAGGAACAUCCAGGAGCUGCACUUGAAGCAUCAAGUGGAGCUGAUGGAGCUCAGCAAGGACUACGACAGGAGGCUCUCAGAGCUGGAGGCCAAGUACCACAAGAAGAUGGAGACCAGCAGGCGGGCGGAGAGCGACAGGACGCAGGCGGCCAUCAUCCAGCUGGAGGACAACGUGAGCCAGCGUGUGAAGGUUCUGAUGGAGCGACACGACCGCACCUUCAGAGGAGCUGAGGAGUUCUACUCGGCCACGCAGAGCAAACUGCUGGCUGACCACAAGCUGCUGCAGGAGGACCUGGCCCAGGCCAAGCAGCAGCAGGCCCGAGUGGACCGGCAGCUUUCUGAAGCUCUGCGGCGGAACAAAGGCCUACAAGAGUCCCUGCAGGAAGCCCAGAGGAAGCUUCCGGAGCUCCGCCAGCAGCUGGAGGCACACCAGUGGGCCCGGUCUGAACAAGCGGCCGGCGCCGCCCGAGUGAAGCGUUUGGAGCAGCAGCUGUCAGACAUGAGCUUGGAGCGAGACGGUCUCCUGCAGGUUUUCACCCAGGUGGAGGAGGAGCGUGACGCGCUGCUCAGGAAGCAGACGGAGGUUCUUCUGGACAUGCAGCAGAGGAGCGGCCUCAAGGAGAUGCUUCUGGACCAAAAGUUGGCGCUCCUGACCGAGUCUCUGGACAAGAAGGAGGUCCAGCUCCUCGCCACGCUCUCCAGCGCCAACAUCCACCCCGCGGCCAGCGCCGCCGCCACCACGCGACUGGAGGACACACUCAGGUCCAAAAGAGUCGCCAUCAGGAAACUUCAGGAAGAACUGGACCGCCAGUGUCAGGAGUACAACAAGACCCUCCAGAGGUGUCGAGAGCAACUUGAGGCGUUGAGCGUCCCGUCCUACGACUUCCUUCUCACACCCGCUGAGCUCAUCCUGAGUGGCCAGAAGCAUCCAGAACCUGCCCGCUGAUGCCUGCUACAACUUGUGGGAAUAAAAGGGUCAAAGGUCA